AUGUCAAGCCGAACCAGUUACGCAUGGCAGGUUGAUCGAGACGCUGCAAAACUUGGCAAGAAAUCGCACCCUAAUUUGCUUCUCAUCAAAUUUUGCGUUGAUGAACGUGUAUUCAACGCUGAUUCCGUCGGCGGAGGAGGGUAUCAGAUCGAGACCAAAGAAUAUUUCACGGCGUCGACUUUGCACCUAAUGUCAUCGGAGGAUCACGUGCAAGACAUAAUGCGUCAAUACAUAUGUCGUUUGGUCUCUCUCAUGGAUAUCUCCAUAGAUGACAGCAACAACCAUAUGAUCGACGACAUCAUGUCUUUCGCUCGCCGGACGUUAGGCACAGAUGGAUGUCGUGCUUGUGGAACUAUGCCGGCAUGUCAAGUUUGUACCACCUGUGGUGCCGUACCGGUGAUUGUGGUUCGUGUUCUAGUGGAGACGUACCAGUCAAUGGAGGAGGUCGAUGUUAAGGGCUUGGAAAAACUGAGAUUUCAGCACUUGUGUCCACCCUCUACGUGUUCGAUGAAUUGCACAGAAGAGAUACCCAUGUGUGCCAUAUGUUUGGAGAAAUUCGAAUUUGAGAUGGACGUUGCUCGUUUGCCCUGUUUGCACAUGUAUCAUGUAGAUUGCAUUCUUCAAUGGUUGAAGAAGAGGAAUUGCUGCCCCCUGUGCCGCUAUGAGAUGCCGCCAACUUAA